AUGACGCCUCGCACGCGAACCAGCAAUCGAGAAGCCGAUUUCAAAGUGUAUUACUCGAAGAAAGCACCACAGCAAAUACACUUUCCGCAUAAGCGUAAGACGGUGCGCCGCCGCUCUACACCCCUACGCGAUGACCAGGAGAAGCAGCAAAUGGUGUUUCUGCCAGAUAGGAUGAGGAGGCAGACGAUAAGCGUUGUUAGCGACUCGGAUAAUGAUGGUGAGGACUUUGAAACGGAUAUAGAGGAGGAUGCGGAGGAGAAAACUACGGACAAGUCGAAGCAGAAGGGCAGGAAGCAAGAUAGCGAACACGACGAUCACAUUCCACAUAAACCCAAGCGUCAAUGCAAAACUGCGCCGUCAAAGAGCCAUCGUCGUACACGGCGCAUUCAGGGUACAUCUGACAACGAGGCGAACAAGAUGGAUAGAGAGCGCGCACUGAGAAGGCAGUCAACCAUGACGCAAUUGAUAGAUGGGCGAAAACCUCUGCCAGGCAUUGAAGAGCCUGAUUUUAAGCCUGUCAAGAAGACACCACGCUUGAGCUGGGGAGGCAAGAGCAAAAGUGACAAAAGAAGCAAGGAUCAGAAGCAGCGGACUCUGACACAAAUGGUGUCUGGAAUACGUCCGCUGGAGAUAAUGUCAGAUGACGAUAUGGAUGAAGCGCUUAACAGUAUUGAAACCGAAGAUAAAGAAGGUCAUGAGUAUGGCCAUGCUGUGGCACGGCGACUCGCACAGCAAGGCUUGUAUCAGACAGGGGACAAUGAUGGUGCGGAGGUGACUACUGAAAAAGUUAAGGAAGAUGCAAAAUCGCUGUUGGUUGAAGAAAAGGAGCAUCAGCUUACGGUGGAUUCGCAAGACGUGGCCGGGCCUGUAUUGCAAUCAGUAGAAGACGAUUGUGACGACAGCUAUAAGCCAACGCAAUUUAUUGAGGCUCCUUCCAGAAGAUCAGGCCGAGCGACCCGACGGAAUCCGGCGACAAAUGUCCUAAAAGUAGGAGAAGCCUCAUCUGUUCCACGCAAAUCAGGGAGGUCAGCCAAGGCCCCAUUCAGUCUCCUGUCUACCCCCGAGAAGCGACGAGUUUGUGAGAUACCAUCUUCUCAAUCACCAGCAGACUCGCCACUGUCUACCCAAUUCACGCCUCACAAGCUGAAUCAGUCGCCGCUAAAGCAAUGCGCGAUAAACGCUAGUAACAAGGUUGUAGAAACCCCCUCAAAGCGGAAACAAGUGAGUUUCGAGAUGCCGUCUAAGUCUCCCAUACCUCCACCAAAACUGAGGAGAUUUGAGAGCACCAUCCAGGACUCCGAAGAUGAAGACAACGAUGCCAUUGAAGAAGACGCGCCUCUGCCUAAACGAGCUAGGCAAGAGUUUAACGAGGAUGUGGGACUUUCGGCGCUGGGUAAAAGCGUUGGUACGGAUACUCAGGCUAUGAUUGAUCAGAUUGAUCGCGCGUGUGCCGAGGCCAAUGACACCGGUGAUACAAUCUUGCCAGAAUCAUCGCCAGAAUUAGACAGUCUUCCUGUUCUCCGAGUCCACAAAGAGCCCUCACCCGAAUUAGGAGACCUCCAUAAGCAACCGUAUAGUCAAAGCGAGUGGGUUAUCCAGAAGGAUCAUCUAGUUUACCACGAUGAGCCAACUCGGAUCAAGCAAGAGCCUGGAAGUCCUAGAGCUGAGCUACCUACACAAACCAAGCAGCUUCAUUCGACACCACCGAUUCUCGAGGCAGACGUCCAGGACAAUUUCCCUUCUACGCCUAUGGCUAUGCCUGAAGAUUCUUCUAACAAGGAGAUUUCAAUUAAAACAGAGCCACGUCCAUCACAAUCGGACAGGCGACCUUCCCUGCACUCUGUAUUAACCGACAUGCAUCAAUCCACGGACCUUGACGGCGAGUUUGUCCAGGUCCCCCGCUCCCCAUCUCCACAGCACGAGACUCAAGAAUCCCAUUCGAGCAAGGCAGAGAAACAGCUACAGGAUGAAUGGCUCUCGUACUCACAGUACGUGAAUGCACACCCUUCCAAAUCAUCAAGCCUGCGUGUCAUACCCGACGCAUCUAGCUACAACGCCACGCCGCUACCACCUCUAAACACCGCACAAAUGCCCUUACAGCAACCACACCAUCAUCCAUCAGGGUCCCGUCCCAGCCAAGCGACCACAGUUGAUGAAAUCACACAGCGCACACCUCGUACCAAGCGAAUCCAGAAUUUCUCAAGCACACACACUACUCCUCACCACAUCGCUAGCUCCCAACCUGUCUUUAUUUCGCCGGGCAAGCCCCCUCCCCUUUUUAUCCCAAGCAGUUUUCCCAGCCCAGGGAAAGCAGGCGCUGCGACCGAGGAGUGGAGUAGUCCCAUAGUAAGUAUGACGCAAGAUGCGCAUUACAGAAGCAGCCAAUGGGCGAGUCUGGAUAAUUUUAGUAUUCCGCUUCCGCCGCCGCCGGUUGGUGAGGGGGAGAAUGACGAGGAUGAGGAGUAG